AUGCCGAAUCCAUCAAAUAACGUUCCAUUAGAGGUUGAAUCUACUAAUCAUCUUGAUGAAAAUGCAAAAGUGACUUCCACUGGAAUAGUUCCUUUGAUGUCAACCACUACUGAUUCUCCCAAUUUAAAUGUACCAAAUAAUACAGCUUUAAAUUCUUCACUGACUCCAACUUUAACAGCUAAUAAUUUGAAUCAAUUGUCUACAAAGGUAAAUGUCAAUAACGGUAAUGAUUCCAACGUGAAAAAUGGUGUCAUGAUGGAACUGAAUCAUUCAAUAUCACCACAACAUGUCCAAUCUACUUCACCUAAGAAAUCUCACAAUUCAAUCCCUAAUGAAACUCCUGUAACAUCCACAAUGGCUACUUUGAAUAGCGUUAAUAUUCCUAAUUUAUCUGGAUUAUCAAAUAUUUCAUCGGCAAAUAAUACACCACCACCAUUGACAAUUCCGUUACCUAUAAAAUUAAAUUCUACAACAACUUUCCCACCGAUAUCGUCAAAUCCUAAUAAGAUUAAAAGUUCUGCAUCUACAUCGAAUAUCAAACGAUUGAAUUUAUCAAUUGGUAAUAAUACAACUAAUACAAAUAUUAAUACUGCAUCAGCAUCAUCAUCAUCAAACCCACAUUUAAGUAGUACCAGUCUUCAUCCUACGACAAAUACAUUAAAGAUGUUUCAAAGAAUGGAUGAAUUAAGUGUUCGAAUGAUAAAGAUUGAAGAAACUUUAGAAAAAUUAUGUAAUGUUAUCGAAUCCAAAAAGACAAAUGCCAAUGAUAAAUUAUUAGCCAAGGUUUAUUCCAAAUUAGAUGAUCUUUCGGUCAAGUAUGAUACACUUUCAAAUAGUAUAACUCAAGAGGUAAGAGAUAAUAAUGGACCAUUGAAAAAAGAAGAUCCCAAGAAUCGGUUUGUUGUAGAAUUGAUGAAUUCUAUUGCUACUGCAAGUAAAAAUUAUUAUCAAAAUACUACAUCACAAUCUAAUAUGGAUGAAUAUGUUAAUAAUUUCCCCAAUUCCAAUUCAAAUGCAAAUGCAACUGCAAAUGCAAACUCGAAUAUGAUUUUCAAUGAUUUUGGUCUCCCCACAUUAAACAAUUCUACUCAUAAUAAUAAUAAUAAUAAUAAUAAUAAUAAUAGCAAUAGCAAUAACAAUAGCAAUGGCAAUAACAAUAAUAGCAUUGGUAAUAACUCCACUUUGACGCCAAUGGGGAAUAGAAUCCCAUUAUCAUUAAGAGAUUGGCACUCUACAGUGACAUCUAAUGCGCAUGCUAAUGCAUUAGUAUCAAAUACAAAUAAAAAAACGUUCACAUUAGAUCCAAAUUGUAUCAAGAAACGAAGACGAAUUGAUGAUAGUACUAACAGUAGCACUGCAUACAAUAAUAUUUCUAGUGCUAAAGUGAAUUUCAAUAUCAAUAAUUUUAGUGCGUUAUCAUUACCAAAUUUGAAUAUGGAACAUACUGGGUUAACACCUAGUAUCAAUAAGAUUACUAGUAGUAAAUAUAAUAAUUCACAUCAAUUUGUACCUUUUGGUACUGAUAUGGUUGCUAAUAAUAGUGGCACUAGUAAUAGUACGACCAAUCCAGUAACAAUCCCCAACGAUACUAUUGUGAAUUCAACGUCAAAUGAUAAAAGUAAUCGGAAUGUAGAAGAUGAAGAAGGGUACCAAGAAGAAGAUGAAGACAAUGAGGAUGAUUCAAUUAAUAAUAUAAAGAUUACUUUACCAUCCACUAAUCGUACUGGUAAGUCCACUACUGAAGAUAAAAAAUCCAAAAGUAAUAAAUCGCAUGCGCCAUAUGAACAAGAAGCGAGUAGUCAAGAAGAAGAUGAAAUAGAAGAUGAAGUGAUUUUAAGACCUGGUAAUGGUGUUCAUGUAGAAGAUGAUGAUGAAGAUGAAGAAGACGAUGAUGAUGAAGAUGGUGAUAGUGAAGAACAAAAAGGCAAGAAAAAGAGUAAUGAUGAUAAUAAUAACAAUAAUAAUAAUACUGCUAGCAGUAAUAAUGGUAAUGAAUUGGGCCAAUCUAAUUUGAAUAGUACGGCCAUUCUUUCUGGAUCUGCUAAUAGCAUAGGCAAUAGGACUAUGACCAUGGAUUCCAAUGGUAUACCGUCAUAUACAAUCUUGAAGGCACCAAAUAGUGUUCGAACCAUUUGGGAAGAGUACAAAAACGGUAUCAAUGGAUCUCCCUCUAUUAAAGAAUUGGAAGAGAAAUAUGGUAAUAAAUGGAGGCUCAAAAGGAACCGCAAGACAUUUGCAAGAAGAAAACGAUUGUACAAGUUUAUUCUGAAAGGGAUAGAGAAGGGUAAUACUGCAGAAGAUAUGAUAAAGAUAUUAGAAGAAAGAAGACUCUAUAGAGAUGAGAAGGGCAAUUUCAAGAGAAGAACCAUUGGUUGGUUACAACAAAGCUUGACAGGGAUAUAG